GAAUUCAGAAUAUAUUACAGUGCAAAAUCAAAACAAACGAAUUGAAUAAUAAAUAAAAAUGCAACGACGUUUAUUUAAUAUACGCAAUUUGCUGUCGCUACGUGCAUGGACGCUGCAACUUCCUAGCCAAUCCACAGUUGCAGCUGCACAGCUGCAGCAACAAGCAAAGUCCGCCUUGGCUUUCACACGAACUGUCUCAUACGCAAUACCAACAAAAAAAGAUGAUAAGUCAAAUAGACAGCAACAGAAGAUCACACUUAUUGCACAAAAUGAGGCCAUGAGCGUAACCACAAUGGAGGAGGCACAGAAGCUGGCAAAACGCAAUAACUUGCAUAUAAUGCGCUUAAAUACAGAUGCAAAAACCGGCCGCACCAUUUUUAAACUGGUUACCGCAGCUGAAAUGUUGGCAGAUGAUCAUCAGCAUACAGAUACACCCAAAUCGUCCGCAGAAAAGGCACAGAAAAGAACUGAGAAAUCUUUAACAAUUGGCGCACGCAUGACGGAUCAUGAUCUCGCCUCCAGACUGAAGAAUAUUACCAAGUGGCUUAACAAACGCCAUGAAGUACGCAUACUCAUUCAAGGCAAUCUAAGCGGUGCUGACGAAAGCAACGCCGAACGCAUAGUAAAGGCAAUCGAACAAACCAUCAAGGAGCCACAAGUCAUAGGCAAAAUUGUUCAAAAACGACACAAAAACUCGUUUAUAAAAUUCAGCAUCUUGCCAACAACACCGAUGACGACAGAGCAAACAAACCAAGCUACGCCUAAUCCGGGUCAGUCGUGACUACCUGGGCAGCAUUGGAGUCAAAUAAUUACCAAACACAUCAUAGUGCUGCCUUUAGUUUUUGGACAAUUAGCGCACCACAGCUUUUCAACAAUGCAGCCAGGCGGUAAUGACACGCCCCCUGGACCUACACGACAAGUCGUCGUUGCAGUUGCCUCGAUAUUUGUUAUGAUUGCUUUAAAAUAUACUUUUUGGAUGCGUGCCUACAUAAAGAAAGAUGAUAGUAACUGAUAUUUUAAAUGUUGAAAACAAAUGAUAAAUAAAACAAGUCUAUUAUUGAAAUUUGUAAAACUAGUUUAAGCAAAGU